UGUAGUAACAGCUCAGGAAACAAACACUUCUCUAAUAUGAAAAAGAAAGAAAUUGCCAGCGAUAUAUUUGGAUAUAUAGCAAAUAAUACCACCAGGCUCUUUAAUAGCAUAGCAUCAUCAAAUGCAGAUCUCAGUUGGAAAAAGUUUCUUGGCUGGGCUUGAUCAGGAUCCAAGAAUGGCCAGCAAAGGAACUGCAGCUUCAGCCUCCAUGGAGAACUCCAAUACUGGUGGGACCAGUGGAAACAGCAGUAAUGGGGACAGUGCCAGUCAGGAUAGCACUUUUGAAUGCAACAUCUGUUUGGACACAGCUAAGGAUGCUGUGAUCAGUCUGUGUGGGCACCUCUUCUGCUGGCCGUGUUUACACCAGUGGUUAGAGACCAGGCCGAACAGGCAAGUGUGUCCCGUAUGUAAAGCAGGAAUCAGCCGAGAUAAAGUUAUCCCACUUUACGGAAGGGGCAGUACUGGACAACAGGACCCCAGAGAAAAAACACCACCACGACCUCAAGGGCAGAGACCUGAACCAGAAAAUAGAGGGGGUUUCCAGGGAUUUGGAUUUGGUGAUGGAGGUUUCCAAAUGUCGUUUGGAAUUGGGGCAUUUCCUUUUGGUAUAUUUGCUACAGCGUUCAACAUAAAUGAUGGUCGGCCUCCCCCAGCUGCUCCAGGGACUCCCCAGUAUGUGGAUGAACAGUUCCUGUCUCGUCUUUUCCUGUUUGUGGCUCUGGUGAUCAUGUUCUGGCUCUUGAUUGCUUAACUUUGCUCCGUGUGCUGUAUUGUACAAUGGUUUGCGGGGCUCUGAGCUAGUUACAGACUGCUGCCUCCCCUUGGUCAACUGUAAACCUCUUGGUGUCUGGUUCCAUAGAUAAUGGCGGGAUCCUGGUAGCCAUGGUGUUGCAACGUGAGGAAGGAAUCUCGCUUAUUGCACCAAAGUUAUGGAAUUAAAGAUCUGUUUAAAAGCAUUCUCAAGUUCCACCAUGUCUCACACAAAAGGUACCUGGCUGCAAUAAUGAACCCAGCUUUGAACUUCCAUGCUCCUGAGAGGGAGCAUUCUUUGACAUUUGUGUGCCAAUAAACUAGAGCAGGUGCUGACCCAGGAGGGAGAGUGGGUGGCAGGCAUUACAUGGAAACUUUAGCAGUGUAUGCCAUGGAAGAGGGAGACACACACACUGGGACCCAGUUCCAUGCAUUCAUCAAAGUACCACUUGCUCCAGGUAAUCUCUUCUCAUCGUAAAUGGAUUGGUGGAGAACAUCUGGUGGAAGAUAGUAUCACCUCAGAGAUGUUCUGUUCCUGCUGUUACCAUCCCUCUUGAAGAUGACUUUAAAGCCAAGAGCAUCAGAGAUUUUUUUCAGUCAUAAAACUGGAAUACCUUCAUUUUCUGGAGCCAGAUGGGACACGUUCUCUCAUCUCAGGGUUUGGGUGGAACUAUUGGACACUAGAGGGGCCACUCAGUGGUUGUCACUCAGCAUACUUCCUUAUCAGAAAAGCAGUGUUGUUUUCCUAAAGUUUGUAUAGCAGCCUACGACUCUUUAUUUGGGACUGACACAAUUCUGGCUAUUGUGGUUUAUUGUACUCAUUCCUCUUUCCUGAGAUGUAUUCAGAUUCCCCCCACACACACACACACACAUUUUGAUGUGGCUGAGUUAGGAGGAGUGGAAGACAAUCCCUGUUUUUUACUCUGCCCCCCUGCCCUGCCACUGAAGUGAUUAUAAGUUUUGGUAGUACAAGAAGAAGCAUUGUUCUCAAUCAUUGUUUGUGUGUAGAAGCUCCUUGCUGAUGGCUCUUAGCACGCGAGCUUGUCCAAAUUGCCAAAGGUAUUCCUUUGAAGGUUAGGCACAAUCCAACAGGAUGCUUUUCUGUGCAUGUCCUGAUGAAAUGAAGGGGAGAGUUUUCUGCUGGAUAGUGCCCGAGAGAGGGCUAUUCUGAGAACUGUAUAUAGAAGGAUUUCUUCUCUGGGGGAGGGUGAGAGGAAAAAGAAGGAUAUCAAGCUUUACAAAGUGUUGCUGCUGAAAUUCUGGAUCCAUGAGACCUAAACAUAUAAGGGAUUCCUCAGUUUGGGGACCUCUGACUUUCUUGUAAAUAGAAGGAUGUCUUUAAAAGACUUCUGGUCUUUUAAUUUUGCAUUGCUUUUGAUUUUCCCUCUGUUUGUUUACAAGCAGAGACUAGUGGCAAUUAUUAAGGGUUUCCAUAACAAAUUGUGAUUACAACAUUGAGUGGAUUAAAUUUCUGUGGGGGGAGUGUUUUUCUCAGGUUUAAUGCUGUGCCUGGGAGGAUGAGCUUGGAAGUAUCAUAUUAUGGAAACAUAUCAGUACGCCUUUUCCCAAAAUAAUAGAAGGGGGUUGAGAUUUGCCCCCCCCCAGACACCUGGAAAGCCUGGCCAGUAGAACAUCAUCUGAGCAUUAGGUAAUCCUUCAGGUUUCCUCAUGUGCAAUAGAAGCAAUUUGUGUGAUACUCUGAAGAAGUAGUCAUGCUAGGAGCUUUCCCCUCCUUUUAUGUUAAAAAGUCUUCUAUUAUUACUUCCAAAAGGGGUUCAAAGGGAUGGGUGUGUUUCUAAAACAGGGAUUCUUCCAAACUAAGCUGCUAUAAACCGGUGUCCUCACAGAUCCUAUGUAGGGCUUGGAUUAAUUUUUCUAGGGGAGACGACAGCACCACCUAUUGUUAAUAAGGGAAAAUUAAGUUGUAUUGCUGCAUACCAUAGGGAUUUCUGAUAUUUCCUUUCUCCUUUUACUGCUUGGGGGAAAUUGAACACUGUGGAAAUGAAACUGUACUUCCAAAAGCAAUCUUGUAAAUGGUUUAGUGAAGGUCAUGAUCGAAAACUUAAAUUUAUUGUAAAAAAAAAAAAGAAUGUGAAAGGUUCUGUUGUGGAUUUAAAUGGUAUUGAAGCAGGCAUAAGUGGCUUGGGAUUCUUUUAAAAUGUAGUGUUGCUGUCUGUGCAGAGAGGGGUAUAUAGAUGGAGGAGACUGCAGAGAGCCUUACUGAUCCGAAGAGUGUUGUUGUGAUGCUAACCAGAUCAGGCUGUCAGUGGUCUCCCUGUUUUGGAAGAAGAAGAGGAGAUUGGAUUUAUACCCCGCCCUUCACUACCCAAAGGUGUCUCA